CCCUGUUACCUGCGGGACUGGGAGAUGCAAGUGCAUUUCAAAAUCCACGGGCAAGGCAAGAAAAACCUCAACGGGGACGGCUUCGCCGUCUGGUACACCAAGGAUCGCAUGCAGCCAGGACCUGUUUUUGGCAGCAAGGAUAACUUCCUGGGCCUGGGCGUGUUCGUGGACACGUACCCGAAUGAGGAGAAGCAGCAGGAGGCUCAGAAGAGGAGGUACAGCCCGGGAAAUCAGCGCGUCUUCCCCUACAUCUCGGCCAUGGUGAACAACGGUUCUCUCACCUACGACCACGACCGGGAUGGGCGACCCACGGAGCUGGGGGGCUGCACGGCCAUGGUGCGCAACCUCAACCAUGACACCUUCCUGGUGAUCCGCUACGUGAAGAGGAGGCUGACGGUUUUGAUCGAUAUCGACGGGAAACAUGAGUGGAGGGACUAUCUCUGCCCCGGGGAGCUGGCAGGCUGGGCCCCGCGUGAGGCCGACGCUAAACACGGUCCCUUUCGGGUGGCCGAGCUCUUUCGA